AGACAGACAGUUUAACUCUUAUGAUGCAUGGGUUUCAGAGGUCAAGGAGCCAUGUACCAAGCUUUGGUAAGUCAUUUUGCAUUAUUAAUUUGUUACAAUCAGAAUUUGAUUGCUACAAAAACAAUGUUCAGUAAUAAAAUUCCCUGGGGUGGCAGGGGGACACUGAAGGGAAGUUUGGUGUACUGUCAAGGCCUUCAACCUUCAUCCUAUUUAAUGAAAGUGUAUAACCUGAAAAUAUUUAAGACCUUCAAAACCUUACCCCGUUUGGCGGCACAAACCAGUUUAGGCGAACCAGUUUAGGGACUACUUAACCCCCUGGAGUACACCUCAGUAUCUUCAGACAGUGGAGUCCAGGACUCCCCUCCUUAUGUCAGCAUAGCUGUGGGAUAAAUACUCAUUUCAAAAAAAGCAUUAAUGUUGAAAUUGGGUUGACAUUCUUUAAAAUACACCUUUAAAGGAAAGGUGAUUGUUCACAUUUCAUUGUAAGGCAAAGUUAAAGUGCCAUUUAUCACUUUUUUGAGGGUCUACAGUAGGGUUCUGAAAUCCCUCCUCCCCACUUAUAAUAUUUUUUCUUCUUAAUCCCGCUAUCCUGCCCUUUUUACAUCCAAAUCUCAAUCUUGAUUUCAUUAUUGAAAUAAACGUUUAUAAGACUAACCUUCUUGCAAUUAAGGCAGCUUUGAUUUUUAAGGUUCUUGACUUUACCAUUAACGACCAUGACUUUAUUUUAUGAUUUGCUUUGUUUUGUCUGCGCAUCAGUACAAACAAGAAGUUUUACUUUGAUCUGAGUCCUGACUUUUUGGAAAACAGGUAGUUGAGUUGGGUAGAUGGAUUUUUUGAUUGCUUUACUGCUAGAUUCCAUUAGGCGAUGAUGCCAAUUGUCUACAUUAACUGCAGGUCAUGGAAAUUGUAUAUGAAAAAACACGCUGGUUGCAUAGUCUGAGAAAAUGUUGUCUUUUAUGGAAACAUAAACCUGCUGUGGAAUCGAACGGCAUAACAAAUGCAGAGCAGAAAGCAGAAAGUUUGCUUUCCCACCCUUCUUGGACUUGGUCUUUGAUUUCUUCCUCUUUUGCAGUGCUACUUGUACCCAUUCCUGUUUAAAAUCUCUUUAUUUUCUUCCUUUCUUAACUCUGCACAAAAAUAGGUGCAUGCGACCUGCUCUAAUUUGCAAAACAGUCUUUUUUCCCCUCACAAUCAGUUGUAAACGGUGCAAAAUAAUGGCGUAAACUGAUUUCAACGCAAAGACUGUAUAAAACUGCAUAUUUUUUUGUUUCUCUCCUAAGUCUAACUCUAUAUUUUUCGACCCCACUCCAGGCCUCUCCCCUGACCGUUAGCACACGCAUUCUUUUCCAAAUACAGAAAUAAUACCAAAGACAUGCAAAGGUGAUAAUGGAAAAUUUGACAGGCUUCGACCUUUUUUUGGUGACUACUAUAAAAGUGUUCGACACAAAAGAGUCAUUUUUUUAAGCCAGUGCUGGUUAAUUAAAUAAAAAUUCCGGUCAUGUUAAAUCUUAAUUCCUGUAUCCCGCUUCUUUUCACUUAUGAUUUCCACAUCCCUACCCAAUAAAAAAGGGAAAUCCCGCUCCUUUUUUUAGCUUGCAUCCCGAGUAUCACCCCCAAAAAUAGCCAAAUCCCAAAUCCCACCAAACCUAUUGUGGACCCUCUACUUUAAGACUGGUCAAAAAGUAUAGGCCGUGGAGGGAGGGGGGCGGGGGGCUGGGUGUGGACCAGAGUAGAGAGGGGUUUGAUCAUGAGGUUUUUAGCCUAUGCAAGGGGUGGGUCAUGCAAUUGUCAGCUACCCUGAGGGGGUGGGUCAUCCUAUUCUAUAACAUUGAUUGGUGGCACACAUUUAAGUCUUGAUACUAGCGGGACAGUUGACCACACUUGUUAUAUAAAACACAGCCGACUGGAAUUUUUGCUAAAAUAUUCUCCGACCUGUCGCAUCCUUUUUAAUAUUUUAAUAAAAAUAUGUACAAUUGUUGGUUUUUUUUACAUUUCAUUUAAGUUUCUGGUACCUUAGUGUGGUUUAAUACCGGUACCUUAUGUUGUUACAUAUAUUCUAGAAAGGAAGCAAAAAAAAAAACACGAUAAAAUCAGGUAUCAAUAAUAAGCAGAAUUUUCAGGCAAUCCUAACAAAUGUAUUCAAAAUAUCAAAAACUUUUACAUGGCAGUAUUACAUGUAUUGCGGUUCAGUCCAAAGACUCAUUUAUCUCGAGAGAAACUAAAUGGACUGUAUCAGUGCCUAGAUAAUGAUCUUGACUGAUGCCCAGCAUAACUUUCCAUUCUUGGAGUAUCUUUAGCUCAAGCUGCAACCUCAAAUCUGAAGAUCAUGUUAUCCAUGAAAAUUCAACAUCCUGCAAACAACAUUUAGUAGCUGGGCCCAGGGCCUAAAUGUAGCAGGAAGUAAUCACAUUCACUGACAAAGAAACUACAUGCAUGUAGCUUUUCAGAUCAGGGCAUUUCGAAGAAAACCAAAGAAACUAAAGUCUUUAUUUAGCCAUGA